ACGCCACGAGACCAAACAAUUGGCCUAGUCGUCCGGAGGAGGGGGGAUCUUAUCUCGGUUGCCAUGCAAGCUUCAAUUUCGGAGUACUGCACCUGUCCGACCCCACGUGUCGACGCCGGCAGGUGGCCGUUAUGCAGGGCCCUGCCACGGAGUUCUGCUACGUCUUCGAGUUGAAAUACUUUGGGCGACGACGAAGAGGUCCAGGAUCCCUGCAGAGCCGACAGAAUGACGGACCGUAUACCAAUCUGGUUGGACGUUGACACAGGGCACGAUGAUGUCUUUGCCAUUCUCAUCGCGGCCCAUCACCCGCACCUCAAGUUUCUCGGUGUGACCUCGACUCAUGGUAACGCUCCGCAAGUGCACACCACGAACAACUCAAGUGCCGUUCUCAAAGCCGUGGGAAGGACUGAUGUCCAGGUGUAUCCUGGAGCGGUGAAGCCUUUCUGCCGAGAAGAAGUCGAUACUCCUGACAUUCAUGGUCCCACGGGUCUGGGCGGCACGACACUACUGCCAGAACCAACAACCAAUAUCGUUAGGGACGUGAACUUUCUUGUGGCUACACGCGACGCCAUUAUGGCCCAGCCACCUCAAACGGCGUGGUACGUGGCUACCGGGCCUUGCACCAACGCUGCUCUGCUCUUCGCUGCCUAUCCGGAGGUUGCACACCAUCUCGCUGGCCUGAGCAUCAUGGGUGGCGCGGUCGGAGGCGACUUCUGCCCUCAAGUAAGUAAAGAGUUCGGCAAGACGCUCGGACAAUCAGAGGGAAUUGGCAAUGAGACCCCCUGGGCAGAAUUCAACAUCUACUGCGAUCCCGAAGCCGCACAAGCCGUCUUUUCGAAUCCCGUCAUCUCAGCGAAAACUACCCUCGUCACCCUCGACCUGACACAUCAAUGUCUCGCCACGAAAGAGGUGCGAGAACGACUUCUGCAGGGAACUUCCGAGAAACCAAGUCAACUACGCCUCUUUCUCCACGAGAUACUCGAAUUCUUCGCACAAAGCUACGUCGAGUGGUUCGAAGUAUAUGAAGGCCCCCCGCUACACGAUCCGCUUGCCGUUGCUGCCUUGUUCGGCUACUCCAGUGGCAUAUACGAGGAGGAUGGCGACCGGUACGACGUCAAGGUUGUGACAGAUGGAGCACAUAGCCCGCUGGACUCGGUAAGAGGACAAGUGGGUAGGACGGUCGUCACGAAGGUAGAGCCAGGCUCGAAUGGUCUUGUGCAAGGCGUGAGAAUUCCUAGGAAAUUGCAUACAGGAAAGUUCUGGGAUGUCUUGCAGGAGUGCGCCCAGCUCGCGGAUGAGAAAAUCGCACUCUGACCAUCUCGCAACGAAUGCCAGGAGGAGGACGUCUAAGUGCGGCGACUCGCAGUGCCGAAGACGACGACACGAUUGAUUAUUGCAUUUGAUUUUAUGAUACCCACACCUUGUACAAUUACGAUUUACGAUAUGGUACAGGCACUUGUCC